AUGAGAACGGACCAAGCAAUUCGCCAAGUGCUCCAAAAACCUGAUUUGGCAGGAAGGAUGAUGACUUGGGCCAUCGAGCUCUCCCAAUAUGACUUGCAAUACGAGCCUCGACAUGCGAUCAAGGUGCAGGCAAUGGCAGAUUUUCUGGUGGAAGUAACAGGGGACCCACCCGAGGAAGCGGGCACACGGUGGAGGCUCCAUGUGGAUGGGGCCUCCAACCAGAUGUCCGGGGGUGCCGGGGUCAUCUUAGAGAGCCCAGCUGGGGUCAUAUACGAGCAGUCGACCAAGUUCGAAUUUCCUGUAUCGAACAACCAAGCGGAGUAUGAGACCCUCUUGGGUGGCCUAACCCUAGCUCAGGAAGUCGGGGCAACCAAGCUGGAAGUGUGCAGCGACUCACAAGUCGUUACCUCACAAGUAAAUGGAAGCUACCAAGCCAGAGACUCACUGUUGCAAAAGUACCUGGAGAAGGUUAGAGAAUUGAGCAAGCAGUUCGAGGAGGUCACGAUCCAACACGUUCCGAGGGAAAGGAACACACGGGCAGACCUCCUAUCUAAGCUAGCAAGCACGAAACCGGGAGUAGAAAACCGAUCUCUCAUCCAAGGCAUAGUAAAGGAACCAGCAGUUAAAGCAUUGAGAAGGGAGGCAUCCAAAUAUGCGACCAUACAAGGACAACUAUUCAGAAAGGGACUCAGCCAACCCCUGCUGAAGUGCCUACAUCCCGACCAGACGAACUACGUGCUCAGAGAAGUCCACGAAGGGUGCUGCGGCCACCAUAUCGGGGGCAAAGCCCUAGCAAGAAAACUCAUCCGAGCUGGAUACUACUGGCCGUCGAUGAUGAAAGACUCCAAAGAAUUCAUGAGAAAAUACGUCAAGUGUCAAGAGAACGCCGACUUUCAUAGAGAACCGGCUUCCGAACUGAGUCUGCUGACGUCCUCCCGGCCUUUCGCACAGUGGGGAGUCGACCUCUUGGGACCGUUCCCAGUCGGCCCAGGACAAGUCAAAUAUCUCAUAGUUGCCAUUGAUUACUACACCAAGUGA